CACCUCGUCUCUGCGCCUCCCCUCCGUCCAAUUGCCUCCGCCGUCGGUCGCGCCGUGAUGCCACGCUCCGUCCUGCUGUGUGUCAUGGUGAGAUGAGACCGGCCGUUUGUUUGUCUGUGGAGACGUCGACUGUUGGGCGUCGCGCGUGGUAGCCAAACUUCCCACGCUUCUCCGCCUGCUCUCGCGAUCCCGGCUGGCGCGCUUUUCCCCUCCAUCGCGCUGCACCACGUCGUCUCAAUCGCUCCGCCAGCCAACUGUCCUAUCCCAGCGCCCUUGGAAACCCCCUUUACCCUUCGACCAUCGGCGCGUCCGCCUGAAGUUUCAGCUCGCGACACGGUCACUCUCUCCAUGCAUGCAAUGACAGCGCUGUGCUGGUCAGACUGAAUUGCCCCGUGUCCUCCCAUAACCACCAUCGUCUUCCUCACCACCCCCAUCGCCUCCGCCUCUCGUCAUGUCGGAAGCCGCUGACACCUCCACGCAACCCAAAGCCACACACAACUCGCCUCGCACAUGGCUGCUGACGGCCGCCCUCUCGCCUCUGGCCGUGCGCCUCAUCCGUCAGCUGCUGUCCCACGGCGACUGCGUUGUCGCCUGUCUACCGCCCCACGAGAUCGAGCACGACGAACGCAGUGCAGAAUUCCGCGAUCUCAUCAACGAGUGUAAGAGCGUCCGCAAGGACCGCGAGGGCUGGAAGGACCGCAUCCGCGGCAUACGCUGCGAUGGUCGCAUGAGCUCCUGCGGCGCUGCCGUCGCCGAGGCCGUCCAUGUCUUUGGCAGGAUUGAUAUUCUCCUAUGCUGCAGGUCAGAAGCCGUUGUCGCAACCGUCGAGGAACUUUCUACCACGCCCGUCACCCAGAACCUCGUGAGGGACCAGUUCGAGGCUCUGUUUUUCUCACAGGUCAACUUCAUCAAGGCCACCCUGCCGGUCCUGAAGCGCCAGCACACUGGCCACAUUAUGAUUCUUACCAGCACCGGCGGCCACAUCGGCACCCCGGGCAUGUCCAUGUACACGGCCGCAACGUGGGCCCUCGAGGGCUUCUGCGACUCGCUGGCCUAUGAGAUCGCCCCCUUCAACAUCAAGGUCACCAUCGUUCAGCCAAAUAAGGAGGUCCAGUCGCUCACCAACCGCCUCACGUUCGCGCCCCAGAUCUCUGCCUACGUUGACAUUUUCAACAACGCCCCGAGCAUCCGCGACAUGCUCAUCAACGUCCUCAACACGGACCCCGAGACGGCCGUGCCCGACCCCCCCGACGUUGCCGAGUCCGAGGCUACCCCGUCUACCCCCGACAGCAUGUCUCUCGAACCCGAGCCCGGUCGCGGCGAGAUCUUCCAUCGAUACCCGCGCCUACCGCCCGGCGCAGCUGAUAAGCUCGUCACCGAGACGGUGCACGCACUCACGGCCAUUGGCGGCCACGAGAACCCGCCCUCGCGCCAUAUCGUGGGCUUGGACGGCGCGAUCGCCGUUAAGGAGAAGCUCAAGACGGUCACGGAAGAGAUGGAGGAUUUCGUCGACGCGAGCCUGGCUGUCGACAUUUUUGACAGCGAACUCAAGGAAGAGGCCCGGGUUGGCAAGCGGCGGGAGUCGUCCCCGAUCGCUGAGCCGUCAACGGGAUAAGGGUAACAGGGAGCCGAGAAAUAGUACUGCACGAUGGGGGCCGAGGACCUCCGACCGUCGGCACACGUUGUUUGAGACCGGAUUUCCAUGACGUCCGCAAAGAGACAGCCCAGACACACCUAGUCGGCAACCGCAGGUGGGGGGCAGCCCGGUACGUCCGACCCUUCACAAAGGAUGAAAAGAAGGGGCAGCAUGGUCUGGCAGCGGGCCAGGUAGCAGGUCGGAAUCCAGGAUCUUGGUGGUGUUGGCAGGCGCUAUUCCGUGGGCGAGAUGAUCGUGCCCGAGGAGGCCCUUGAGUUUACUAGGCCCACGUAAUGGAUGGCACAAGACACGGUUGGGAUACACCUCCAGGCUGCGGAGCAAAGUUGGAUAACUCGUUCUACUCCAUGAUACCCUUCUUACAUAGAGCAUAGUUCCAAUACAUCACGCCAUGAGCAGAGUCUCACUAUAGCAUAGCACACCGUCGGGGCAGCCUCGUCUUCCCGUCCGUCAUCAACAUUGCAUAGCUAGCUAGUCCGUCAGUCAGUCAGUGCGCUGCUCAUGCUUCCCCCCAUGCAGCCAACUCCUUGUACAUGCAUGUAUGCGC